GUUGGUGGGGCUUCGUCCGAAGGAUCGCACUGCAGUCGUGUGUCGCGGCAACGGAACGCGCUCGCGACUACGCCGCGCUCCGCUCCCGUACCAAGGAUAACCUUACGUAAUAAUAACUAAUCGGAUCGAAACCGUUCCUCCGAUAAUCGAUUGUGAAUAGUGAACUGUCGAUAAUUGUGCGACAAUAUUAUUUAUUAUAAUUUUUUUUUUAAUCACUUUACAAUCUGUGAACUUCAUUCAGUUUUGUGUACUUUGUGUCAUGUUUUUGUUUUGUUUUCACACGGACUCAUAAGAUUAUUUUUGGGCGUAGCUGACUGUGUUUCUCUUUUAUAAUUUUGUAACAUUUAUGUUACUUUGAGACAUUGUGAGUGUGCAUCGAACGACAAUUUUGACGACUUUAUGAGUUUUUUGUGAUAUAUAUUUUGACUUGAAAGUGUUAUGUGGACAUAUACUGAAAAUUAUUAGUGUACUUGUACAACCGCAGUCUGAAAAUAAACGUCGAACAGGGGCGCAACACAAUAAGAAACAUCAAAAACUGAACAAAGAAUAAGAAAAAAAAUAAUUCACGACACGCGAUUACCGAAUAGAAAAGAACAAUCGAUUACGACACUGGCUAGUAACAAUCGGUUCGAGCGCACCGGCAAUUAAGGAAGAGGCAAAUUUUGAAUUUCGAAUAGUAGAAUGUUGGGCGGUGGAUUCGAAAGUGAGAUGCGUGGUGCGCGGAUGGUCGUGUCAUGAGGCGGGUGUAGGUGCGUGAGCGCGCGCGUCCGGAUGCACCCGACGGGCGCGGCUAGUCUGCCCGCCGCACCUGAGGCGGAGGUGCAAGCUAUGCACUCGAUGGACUGGCUCUUCAAGAAAGAGAGGAUAUAUCUACUCGCACAGUUCUGGCAACAGAGAGCCACGCUGGCCGAAAAAGAAGUGACCACACUGAAGGAACAACUAGCCACCACCAGCCCCACGCCUCUCCAAGCGACGGUGCCGCCAAAAACCAAUGGCUCCCACUUAGAACCCACUAGGGACCAAGCGACAGAAACAAGAAUAGACAUAUUCAGUCAAGACAUAAAAGAGGAGAAGAGAAGAUCGCCCGAGAUUGAUGAAGAAGUAGAACAUAAGAUGGAAAUGGCCGCGACGGGGAGGAGCAACAGCGAUUCAUCUAGAAGCAGUCCUGUUGUCCACCAAGGGAACAACUACGAGAAUGAGCUGGCUGCAAAGGAGAAAGAGAUUGCUCAACUAGUGGAGGAGGUGAGACGGUUGCAAGCGUCCAUCGCGGCGUUGAAGGAGGCGCAUGCGCAGAAACUACAGCGGCUCGAAGAGCGACUGGAUGAGAAGAAGCAGCACAUAGCCAGGUUGGAGGCGAGGCUCGACAACCAGAGGGACUAUGACGACAUUAAGAGAGAAAUUAGCAUGCUCCGGUCCCUGGACCUGGGACCAAGCGAGCGAUCAUUAGAGCGCAAGCCUGAACCGCUGCGCUCGCCGCCAGCGCCACCACACGAGCGCAGCUCAGCGGAGCGCGAACGGAGCACCGAGCGCCGAGACGUGACAGGUGCGGAAGAGUGGCCGAGCACGCCGCCUCCCCUCAACAACAACACCACCCACCAUAACAACAACGGGCCGACGCCGCUGCCGCUGCCACCGCCGAGCCCGUUCCGUUUCGAGGAACAUCGGCCGUACAGGUUCGCGGAGGACAUGGGCCCGCUCCCGCCCGGCGCGCUCGUCGGACGCCUGGGCGACUCCCUAAUACCGAAGGGUGACCCGAUGGAAGCGAGACUACAGGAGAUGCUCCGAUAUAAUAUGGACAAGUACGCGAAUACAAACUUGGACACGCUACACAUCAGUCGGCGAGUGCGAGAGUUGCUGUCAGUCCAUAACAUAGGGCAGAGACUAUUCGCAAAGUAUGUGCUUGGGCUAUCGCAAGGAACGGUAUCGGAGCUGCUCUCAAAACCGAAACCCUGGGACAAGCUGACGGAGAAAGGGCGGGACUCGUACAGGAAAAUGCACGCGUGGGCGUGCGACGAGGCCGCCGUGAUGCUACUCAAGUCGCUCAUUCCUAAAAAAGUCGGCACAAAAGAUGGUACAAUCGGACCCGGCUUCGGUCGGCCGGAAGGAGAAGGUGAUGAUCGACUAAUGCACAUGUUGAAUGAAGCCUCAUACUCCACCAAGACACCGGGCCAGCCCAAUAACGACGAUUCUAGAAGUAAUGAAGACUCCAGCUCUCCAAGGACGCAGUGCCCUUCGCCGUUCUCUAAUAAGGAUUCGAGUCAAAACAAAAGACUGAAAAAGUACGAGAACGAUGACAUUCCUCAGGAGAAGGUGGCGCGCAUCUACCAGGAGGAGCUAGCCAAGAUCAUGACCAGGCGGGUGGAGGAUGUCCGCCACAGCCGCGAAGGUUUCCCGGGCAUGUUUCCUCCUUUUUUCAGCGGCGGCAUGCCACCGCAUAUGGAGCGGCCGCCUGAGGACAUCCGCAUGGCAUUAGAAGCUUACCACAGAGAGCUGGCUAAAAUCCAGCCCGGUGGCAACAUUCCCAACCUCCACAACUUGCCAGCGAUGCCGCCGUUCCCCAACCUCCUCGCCCUACAGCAGCAGGUCAUGCAACAAGCUCAAAACCACCACAUGAACGGCUCCGGAGCAGUCCAAGACCUCUCUCUACCUAAAGACAAAAAUGCCAAAAUGAAUGGAAUGACUGAUAGUGAUAAGGAUAGGCCAAUAGAUGCUGAAGAGGCUAUAAGGCACGCAGGAAGCGCUUUCUCAUUAGUCAGGCCCAAGUUAGAACCUGGACAACAAUCGACAGGGUCGUCUGCGUCCAGCCCGCUUGGGAACGCAAUACUGCCACCAGCGAUAACUCCUAACGAGGACUUUAGUAGUUCAGCGGCGGCGAGCCCUCUCCAGAGGAUGGCGUCGAUUACAAAUAGUCUUAUUUCACAGCCAACGAAUCCAACUCAUCACGCGCCCCCACAACGCUCAAUGAAAGCAGUACUUCCACCAAUUACGCAACAACAAUUCGAUCUCUUUAAUAAUUUAAAUACAGAAGACAUUGUAAGGAGAGUGAAAGAAGCUCUUAGUCAAUACUCCAUCAGCCAAAGAUUGUUCGGCGAAUCCGUAUUAGGUCUUUCUCAGGGAUCCGUAAGCGAUCUGUUGGCGAGGCCGAAACCAUGGCAUAUGCUCACACAGAAGGGACGUGAACCGUUCAUUCGUAUGAAGAUGUUCUUGGAAGAUGAAAAUGCUGUCCAUAAGUUAGUUGCGUCACAAUACAAAAUUGCGCCAGAAAAGCUCAUGAGGACUGGAAACUAUAGCGGAGCACCUCCAUGUCCGCCAAACAUGAAUAAGCCGAUGCCGCCUACGCAAAAAAUGCUCUCAGACGCGACCUCCUUACUAAGCAAAAUGCAACAAGAACAGCUCCUGGGGCCAGGACAUCUCGGUCACUUGGGUCAGCCGACUCCUUUGCUCCUCACGCCCCCUGGCUUCCCGCCACACCACGCUGUGACGAUACCGCCUCAACACCACGAUAACAACAACAAGGAGAGAAAACCUCCACCUCCUCCUCAACCCCACCACCAACCGCCGGUAAUGCGCAAUCUUCAUCAACACAUAUCUCCCAGUGUAUACGAAAUGGCAGCUCUAACACAAGAUCUCGAUACGCAAACAAUUACUACAAAAAUCAAAGAGGCGUUACUAGCAAAUAACAUCGGGCAGAAGAUUUUCGGCGAAGCUGUACUAGGUUUAUCACAAGGAUCGGUCAGUGAACUCCUGUCCAAACCGAAACCUUGGCACAUGCUCAGUAUUAAAGGUCGGGAGCCCUUCAUUCGAAUGCAACUGUGGCUAAGUGACGCCCACAAUAUAGACCGUUUACAAGCCUUGAAGAAUGAGAGACGAGAAGCCAACAAACGGCGACGGUCGAGCGGUCCCGGACAAGAUAACUCGUCUGAUACAUCCUCCAAUGACACGUCCGAAUUUUACCACUCAAGUUCACCGGGACCAACAUCAGGCGUGCCUUCCGCAAAGAAACAACGAGUUCUAUUCUCAGAAGAGCAGAAAGAAGCUCUAAGAUUAGCUUUUGCUCUCGAUCCUUACCCAAACAUGCCUACGAUAGAAUUCUUAGCGGGAGAACUUGGUUUAUCGACAAGAACGAUAACGAAUUGGUUUCAUAACCAUCGCAUGCGGCUGAAGCAGCAAGCGCCCCACGGACUACCUGCUGAGCCUCCGGCCCGCGACCAGUCUUCAGCGCCCUUCGAGCCGGUACAGUUCAGAUUGCUACUCAACCAGCGAUUGCUCGAACUGCAGAAAGAGCGAAUGGGCCUCGCCGGAGUACCUUUACCGUACCCGCCAUACUUUGCGGCAAAUACCAAUCUCGCGGCUCUGAUCAGCCGGGGACUCGUGCCGCCCGACGACCAAGUGAAGGACCAAAGUGGCGGUCUCGACUUGUCAAUGCCUCUAAAACGCGAGCCCGAAGGCGAUGACUUCGAGGACGACGAUGUCGAAAGCAACCUCGGCUCAGAGGACUCGCUCGACGACGGGGAAUCUAAGACUGAGCCGAAGGCGACGUCAACGCCGGCCGGGCGGUCGAGUCGGCGGAAACCGGCGGCGCCGCAGUGGGUUAACCCCGACUGGCAGGACGAGAAGCCGCGGAACCCCGACGAGGUGAUCAUCAACGGCGUGUGCGUGAUGAGAAGCGACGACUUCAGGAGAGAAACAGAGGAGACUGUGCGAGUGGAGCCGGCGCCGGUGGCGCGGGACACAUCGCCGGCCGCGUCGCCGCCGCCGCGCACGCCGCACACGCCGCACACGCCGCACACGCCCCACACGCCUCACACACCGCACACGCCGCACACACCGCGCCCUUCCCACACACCUCCAGAGGACGUCCUCCCAGAGGACAAAAUCAAAACAGAGACCGAGGACGAUCGAUGGGAAUAUUAGAGUGUGUGUGCCGUGAACUGUUCAGUGUGAAACAGGUUCGUGUUCUCCGGGUAUACCAUAUCACGUUGGAACGUUAUUUAUUAUUAGUUAAGUAUGCGAGCCCAUCGAAUGGGCCGGCGUGUUCGACUGCAUCCCAUGUAGAAAGAGUUCAGUGCAAAUACUAAUGUGUAGUUACAUGUGUUUUGUUAUAAUUCGAUUGUAAGGCCAAAGACUCUGUAAAUAGACCCUAUAUUGUUCUCGUGAUAUGCCAGGCAUACGUCCGCGAGUCGGACGAGAAAACCUUACGAUACAAAAAUAUGCAUUUUGCUUUAAUUUUUUUUUUAUUAUUAUUAUUAUUAUUACUAUAGUAAAUGGAAACGUACGCUGGUACAAAUAUCUGAGUAUUGUUAAGUUACGGCUUAUUUUUAAUUGGAUUAUUGUAAAUAAAUAUACCAAAUAUGUGUGGGGAUGUGGCAUGAGCCGUGAGCCGCGUGAGCCGUGAGCCGUGGGCCACGGCGGUGUACAUAGUUAGGUUAAAGCGCACGUAAGUGUAAGAUAUGUUGCUGAUAACUUAUCUAUAGUGAGGUUCAUUGAAUUGUUAAUGAAAUUUUAAAGUGCAAUCAGAUGUAAAUUUAAGGUAUGAUACAGAGCCCAGUUGAAAAGUAUUAUUAUGUUAUAUGAACCGUAGAGGUUUUAAAUAUUAUUAUAAUUGGGUUAUAUAAGUUUUACAAUUAAAUUAUGAAUGUUUAUUUUAUACUAUUGUAUGUUUUCUAUGACUAUUUUAUAAAAAGUCGCGGGACCGCUCAACUUUGUGAUGUCGUAUUACGCUCACUCCAUCGAUCAUUUCGUAUUCCGUUAAAUUAUGUCUUCUCAUCUCAUUUUUUCUUUUUUUUUUUUAUAUAUUUUUUAGAGAACGUACAAAUUUAGAAGCAAAUUAUAAACACGUCUACGAUUAAGCAAAUAAUGUAUUGCUUGGUUAUAGUUUUAUUUUAUUUUAGCAAUAAAUUUGCUUUUAAUCUA